AUGCUAUGAACUUUGUUGUUACUCCGAUUGUUGGAGUGAUUUCUCCUGAGCACUUUCAGGAGUCCGAACCCUGGUAUACCUACACGACAAUGAAGAGAAUUCAUUCAUUCUGUUGGAAGGGUCAUUCAUAUACACAUUUCUUUUCCUUGAUUAAUUGAUGUGUACUGCCGCAGAUUAUUACGCAAGCGUACAGAGUAAAAGGACAAACGGGUUUGCUUGCCUGGUGACAAGCAUUUGCAGUACAAACGAAAACCAAAGGGAGUGCCCAAAACCCAACACAAGUAGCCAAAGCACAUGUGGGGUCGAGGUCAAAUUACAUAUGUACGUUUGGGCGAGGGUUCUGGGUGCUGGCCUUAACCUAAAAAUUAUGGGAGUUGGUGCUACUAUCGCCUUGUAUCGUAGUAUAUUUACUAAUUUACUUAUAUGGCGGAAAAAUGCAAAAUUAAAACUGGUCUUUAUUGCAGAUGCUUGCCAGCCACUACCAGAGAACAAACCAACAUAAUUAAUUUGACAUACAAUACAAAUAGCCUAAUUAUAUACUUGGCACUUUGGGGUGGAGAGCAUUGAGUGCAUAUUAUGCGAAUACGCCGUACUAUUGCCCUUGAACGCACUCGCCGCCUAUGGGUGUAUCGUCGCGCAGCAGAUGCAUAUACCUACUGUUCCGGUAUGCAUAUGUACGCAGCAGAAAAGUUACCGCACAACUUGUAUGGUUACAGACAUAUACGACGCGGUGUGACAAAAAACACACCACUACCAGUAAGCACUAUAUUGGCAUUUUGGUGUCAUAUGUUACUGUAGACAAAAAUCUACUGCAUAGACUUUUGUUUCCAUUGCUACUUGCUAACAUUUGUGCCGCAAACGUAAUUAACCACAAGUUGGACUUCAUUUGACUUGUACAAUUUCGACGUACUUGCUAUGAUAAAGCUAUAUCUGUUCGAAAGCCGGCUCGAUAUUACUUUCAUUUAUUACUGGAAGCAGCGCUAUUUUAUAAACCUGUUCAUAUUAGUUGUGUAACUGAAAGCAUUCUAAUCAUGGAACGUGACAUCUUCAUUCAAUCAUUAACAAAAGCUUACGAAAAAAGUAGUUUCUCGACAAACCUAAGUAUUAACCUUAAUUUGAACAUUUAUUAUAUUAUUUAAUGUACAAGUUUACUCUAUUCUUAAUAGAGAGAAAAAUAGAAAUGUUUGUUGUUUGUCUAUA